UAUUUUGGCAACAAAAGCCACUUCUCACUGUGCCACUUCUUCCGUGGCAUGCUCAGAAGCAACCGAAAAACUCCAAUUCCUCUUCGUCUUCUGUCACCGCCGCUAAAUGGAGGCAGUCGGUUCCAGACUCGGCCGCGCCUCCUCCCGUUACGGCUCCGCCACCGUCUUCACCGGUCCCGUCAGGAAGUGGAAGAAGAAGUGGGUCCACAUCACCCCCUCUUCCUCAACCAGCAAUACCACCAACAGCAACAACAACAACGCUCACGCUCCUGCCAAUUCCAACGCUUCCUCUCUUCUCCUCCUCCGCCGCUGGACCCCCACCACCGACGACGACGCUGCCGCCACCGACGACGAGCCUCCUAGGAGGAAAUUCCGUUACACCCCUAUUGCUGUGCUAGAAGAACAGAAAAAGAAUAUGGUUAAGGAAGAAAACGAACCUGCUGCAACUGAGAGUGACCAAUCUGAAGUUAAAGAGACAAAUGUGACUCAUGAAAUGCAAGGGAAACUGAACAUGAAUGAAAUGUCGGAGGAAACAAAGGAUUCAAACAUGGUGAAAAAGGAUGAUGGUUUGGUGGAGUUGAAAAGCCACAAUGAUGAAACCAGUAAGAAGAGUGAUACUGAAUUGGAAAAUAAUGUGUAGCGGUUGGUCCAUGAACUGAGUAUGUGAUGUGUAAGUAGAAAAUGAGUGUGAGGCAGCGAAGUGUUGAUUGAAGAAAUAGUGAGCUAGUAUAUAAUACCUGUUAUCACCUACCAUCGUACAUUGACAUGUAAUGUAAUUAGCCAUAAUCUUGUGUAUAGUGCUGCCACUAGUAUAGGAAUGAUCAGUGACUAGUUUUGGUCAACAAGGGAUGAUCACUUAUUUUUCAUGAUGGAUAAUCAUAUGCAUGAUGUGAUGUUUACUGUGUA